AUGGUGCCGGCGGGACGCUGGGCGCACCGGGCCCCCGUGCGGGCGGCGGGGCGGAGCGGCCACACGGGUGCGAGCAGUGCGGGAGGGCCUGCGCGCAGGCCGGUGCCCAGGCCAAGCACCGUCGCGUCCACACGGGAGAAGCCGUACCGCAGCCCGGUCUGCGCCAAGGCCGUCGCCCUCUCCUCCGGGCUCGUCCUGCACAAGCGCACCCACACGGGGGAGCGGCCUCACUGCUGCCCGCGGUGCGGCAAGGCCUUCAUCGCCUCGUCGCACCUCGCACUCCACCUCCGCUCCCACACGGGGGAGCGCACGUACCGGUGCCCCAUCUGUGGGAAGCUCUUCCUCCAGUCCUCCCACCUGGGGCGCCACCAGGCCAUCCACACCGGCGAGAGACCUUUCCAGUGUGAGGAGUGCGGCAAGCUCUUCGGGCGCGCCUCGCACCUCACCAGCCGCCGCCGUGAGCACACGGGAGAGAGGCCCUUCCAGCGCCUGCAGUGCAACACGGCCUUCACGCAGAAGGCCGGGCUGGUCCUGCACGCCCGCCUGCACGCUGGGGAACGGCCCUACGGGUGCGACAAGUGCGGGAAGAGCUUGCGCUCUGCCGCCCACCUCGUGUCUCACCAGCUUCUGGAGUCAGGCGAGAGGAACUUCAGAUGCCCCACCUGCGGGAAGGCCUUCAAGCAGGCAUCAUCCCUCAGGCAGCACCUGAAGGCCCAUGAGGCACGUGAGCCUCACCGCUGCUCGGUCUGCAGACGGACCUUUCCAGGUCCUCUUACCUCCAGCUUCACAUGA